AUGGGUUGGGGUUUCAACAAGUAUGGUAGGGCUUUGUUGGCAUGGGGAGAAGACAUAGUAAAAACAUCAAAGAAAUUAGGGAAAGAUGACCCAAGAAGAGUCAUUCAUUCACUGAAAGUGGGUUUGGCUCUCACCUUGAUUUCUUUGUACUACUAUUUUCAACCACUCUACGAUGGUUUUGGCUUGGAUGCCAUGUGGGCUGUCUUGACUGUUCUUCUUGUGUUUGAGUUUUCAGUUGGUGGGACAAUAGGCAAGCUUGUGAAUAGAAUUGGAGGAACACUUUUAGCAGGUGCCCUAGCUUUGGGUCUCCAUCGCUUAGCUAUUCUAUUAGGAGAAGUUGGACAGAUCGUUAUGCUCGUAAUCUCUGUCUUUUCAAUCGGUGCAAUGAUCACAUUCUUGAGAUUCUUUCCGGCAAUGAAGGCAAGAUAUGAUUAUGGAUUGUUGAUAUUCUUAUUAACCUUCUGUGUGGUUACGGUUUCUGGAUAUGGAGAGCUUGAGGUGUUUGAAAUAGUAUACCACAGAUUAUCCACUGUCAUCAUUGGAAGCUUUGUGGCUCUUAGUGUUUGUAUUUUCAUUUUCCUUGUUUGGAUUGGAACCGAUCUUCAUAACUUCGUCGCCAACAAUUUGGAAAAGCUUGCCCUCAUCUUGGACGGAUUUGGAGAUGAAUACUUUGCCACAAUUGAGAAUAAUGGGGAGAAAAAUGAUAAAUGUUAUUAUGUGGAUCGGUACAAAAGUGUUUUGAACUCAAAAGCCACUGAAGAAACUAUGGCUAAUUUAGCAAGAUGGGAACCGUGCCAUAGGCGAUUCAUGUGGUCUCAUCCAUGGAAUCAGUACUUGAAAGUCGGUGCAUUAACACGCCAAUGUGCCUACCAACUACAAGCUCUCCAUGGCUAUUUAGACUCUGACUUGUUCCAGGCUUGUACAGAAAUCCAAAUGAAAAUCAAAGAACCAUGCAAAAUAAUUUGCUCAGAAUGUGGAAAAGCUUUGAAGGAAUUGGCUGCUGCAAUAAAAGGACACUAUCUCUCUACUUCUCCUUCUUCCGAAAUCAAAACGGCGAAAACCGCAAUCGAAAAUCUAAAUUCCAUUAUGAAAACACAAUCUCUCUGGGAAGAUUUGGAUGAACAAGUGCUCAAGAUUAUUCCAAAUGUGUUUGAAGUUUCAUCUCAACUGAUGAGUGUGGCCUCAUGUGUCCAGGAUAUUGAAGAAGCUGUUGUUGAACUGGCUUCUUUAGCACAUUUCAAGAGUGCUGUAGUCCAUGGUGAUAGUGUGGAUCCAACCACACAGGAUCAUCAACAUCAACAUGUUCUUCAUCUAGGGGUUGUGAUUCCUAUUGUGGAAGAGUCUGAUGAUCAUCAUCAUGUGAUAUAUAAUCCACUAAAUUGA